AUGCAGCCACGUCUAUUCACAGGCCAUACUCCAAAUCGUCCACCCACCGCACACCCACCUGCUACACAAAACGACCCCAACCUUGCUGCUCCACAGCCUCCCGCAAUCCCCGUAACGUUGCCCGUGCCAGAGGAUUGGCUGCAGGACAACGACUAUCUCGACACCCGUCGCAGCAUAGGGAACCUGUGCUGUCCCCGUCAUGUUGUGUCCUCCUCUUGGGCGCGAGAAAAGGGAAUCGCCGGCAUUCCUGCAACUGGCCUACAUCCCGCUCAUUUCCUAUACCAGGGCUGGAACAGCUACUGGCUUAGAUGGAUUGCCAGUGGGAAGGAGACUUACUUCGUUGUGGCUCGAACAAAAGCCGAGAUGAUCCUCGCCGGCGAAUUACUCUCACAGAUCCGUGCUCAAGGUCUGGAUAUUGAUGCUGCCGCUACCAACCAUGCGGUACAAACACAGAGUUCCCAAGCCAACCUGGCUGUAAAAGCUUUGGCCCAGCCAGAAUUCGAGAACUCGAAGGUCAGGAAGGUUCGCCAUGGCUUGCUUCUCACCUUCCAGCAAAGUUCCAUGACAGGGAACUUAAAGCCUGGAUUAACCUUGAAUGACCGUAAAAAGUCCGAAUUGCAGGACUGGUUAAAGCAAGUUGAGGACUGGGUCGAAGCCCAAGAAGCUGACGAUUUCCUCACCAAAAUCCGUAGGACUGCGGUGAUUUGGGGAAUCCCCCCGGGAACCGUUACAAAGUUGCAGAAGCACCCCGUGGCAAAGCUCAUAGCAGUCGGCUCCUACAUGGAGCGUUGGGGCGUAGCCCAGUGGUGCUGCGCGCGGAUUGCCAUACAUGAAGCACAUCGGACUCUACCAGACACCCAUGUGCUGAGAGGCGUAUUCCGUGCUCUGGGCGUUUUGCCAGGCUACCCCAGCUUCCAACAAUUUUGCGCUGAGUCAGUUCUGUACAUUCGCUUCUCUCCUGUCAAGAAGCAUGCGAAACUUUUCUAUGUCGGCAGCACGGAGAAAUCCGUGAUGGUUCGGGAACACACCAGGUACCGUAAGUACAAACAAGUACUCGAAGACAAACUUGUCUCUGCCGAGCUUUCAAUUCGGUUUUGGGCACAUCAUCGCAACUUCUGGGAUUGGUGUGUGAUUCCUGUGUCACAAACCGUGGCAACUGACGUCCUUCGAGGGCGGGAACAGGCCCUUAUUCAAGCUUUGCAACCACCACCCAACUUCCCUUUUAUCGCUCGGUGGUUUUGCCCGCGUCGUGGCGUCAUCAAACCACCUGAUGCCACACAGGCCACAAAGAUCGGUCUUUCGCGCCUCUGGCGAAAACAUCGAAAGAAGCAACUCACCACUACAGGCCGUGGCCUACCCACCCCUCUGUACGCUAUGUUCGAGAAACCUUCCUUCCGGACAAAAGAGGCCACAUGGGUAUUACUUACCCAAUUGGGCAGCAACACCGUGGCUCAUUUCGAAGCUGCCAAACGCCUCCGGGGAAACGAGUUCAGUUACCCAGCGCUUUGUGCCCUCUGUCGCAUGGCCAAGCACCUACCAGCCUGCAUGGCGCCCAAUGCAUUGCGUGCCAUUACUUCCGCCUUCAAAUUCAGAGGCUUCCUUCCUCCCAAGGGGCACAGACCGCUACGCGUGCCGUUCCUUUCCCAUGAGACCUACCGACAGGACCUCAGAACAUGCAUGCGAGCCUACAUUUCCGAAAGCACUCAUGCGGUUACCCCCUUCCAUGUACCGAAGACCACUGUAGUCUUCCCCCGUCACCCGCAUGUUGCUCAAGUUUUGCACAACCAUCAAGAUGCACUGAGGCAGUGGGCGUUACGAAGGGAACCUACGUGCAAAUGUGACGUCACUCAGAACUAUGCACCUAAGGCCCCCAUGUUCGGCGGUCAUAUUGCAGCCAAGGGCACGGAGUUUACCAACUCCCUCAGCACCCUUGAGCAGCAGAUAGCCAGUGGAUCAACCACUGACACCUUCUUCCCUGACAAAGAACAGCUUCGUACUCAGUUUGUUGAGGGCUGGUCCAAUUGGUGUAGAACCAAUGCGCUGCCGGGCCCCCCACGUGGCCUCAAUGAAACCUUUCAACAGGAAGUCCCUCGCAUGUUUGAAGAACAACUCAAGAGGGUCCAGAAGGCGGCCAAACGGGACCUUCAGCGCCGAUACCCUUGGGCCUUUCGACGCACGCCGCUCAUCCCACAGGCGUAUGCGCUACCCAAACGCAAGAAGGCUACUUCACAGAAUUUCCACUCCGGCACCAGCGCACCGUUGCACUGCCGAAACCAAGACUUGGCUGGGUUCUUCAACUCCAUCUCCCAGUCUCAAUUUUUACAGGCCUGGUGCAUCACACUAGAGUUCUACAGGCAAAGACACGGUGUCCAAUCAGACACCACUUUUUCGGUCAACUUGAAAGCACAUGCUCAGCAGUUACGUGUGUUUCGCGGAAAACGCCGCAACCGAGCUUCCCGGGAGGUCACCAUAUGGUGCCAAGAUUUGCCAACCAUCAUUCGGCAUGCCCUCACACUACAGCACUUCCAAGUUGCGGCACGGGGGUUUCGCCAGUGCUUUGGUUCUCCCAUGGUGUCACCAUUGUCGCCUGCUCUGUGCGGCAUGGUCAUCGCUGCCCAGGAAGAGAUUUGGCGACGCACUUUUAGCAUCACGUGCUCCAACAUGAACCGAGCCUUGCUCAGCCUGCGAUAUGUCGACAAUCGGAUUUGGAUCUCCGAAAGGAGAUUUGAACAACUCCCUGGCAUUCGACUAUUACUCAACAAUCACUUUUACGGAGGUGACAUCACUCUGGAGGACGAACCCGCCUACGAUUUCGUGGGCUUUUCCCUCGACUUUGAGCAACGUCGCAUCAUGUACAACCGUGCCUGUCAGACUUCAGACCUUCCCAGCACCAAAUCUGCCGCCCCUGAACAUGUGUUGCUCAGUGGCGUGCUUGCCAGGGCACACACCGUAAAGAAGUGCUCGUACCCUCGAGCACAAGCUCUCAUGGACCUUAGGAGACCCAAUGGAGAUGGGCAUGGCACACAGACGGCCAACGCUGGUGGUGGCAGUGGUACGCAGUCACCAGAAGGUGGCUUCGCAGACGAACGCUUGCGGACCGUCCUUUGGUCAACGAAGAAGACUCCUCCACAAGUCCUUCACGCAAGAGAAGUCGGUCUCCUUGGUUGCGGACUCAUCGUGUCUGCCUCUAAUUAA